AAAUUGUGAAAAACCAGCGGACAUUUCUCCCUAAAACAAAUUUAUGCUUGCCAGCCAGGCACUUCUCCUUCUUCUUUUCUCUGCCCUGCCACCGCUCUCCGCCCGAUUCUCCGUCGUCCUCCGCUCCAGUUUCUUUCCCCGAAGAACGGAACCCACUAUUAAGCCUUACCAAUAACACUUGAAGCCUAAACUCUCCUUUAGCCUGCAUUUUUGUUUUAUCUUCCUAGAAUUUUUCUCUCCCAUUCCACUUUCCAAGCCACGGUAACAUUAAUGCAUAAACUGAAUUGACUACAGCCGAAUAUGUGUUCCUUUCCAGACGAAAAUAUUCACUAAAAAAAAAAAAAAAGAAAAACAGAGAAUUGCAGCAAUCGAAGAAGUGAUUUUUCAGUUUUUUUUUGUCCACUGUGGUUUAAGCAUUUGGUAGAGAAGUAGAAUUUGUAUUGGGAUUGCUGCUUAUCUUUACUGGGAUUCCAAGCUGGCGAUUGAAAAUCAAGAUUCAAUUUGUCGUAUAAUCAAAGCCCAAAAACAGACGAAUCAUGAGAGGUGAAGGGAUUAUCUGCCUUCCUCUGCCCUUUUGUUUCUUCACUCAAAGAUUGCAUCAAACAUCCAGGGGAAAUACUUUCACUUGUUAUUAGCAGUUUCAUAACACUUUGUGGACGGAAUUAAUCUGAUGGCUCUAAGCAAUCAGGUUCGGACCCAAAGGAGUAGACGGAUAGUGUUUACCUUUCAUUUCUUGGCUACUUUUUGUCAAAUGGCUAUGUCAGCAAUCAUUCCUUUCUACACAAACCUUUAUGGUGAGGUUGCCACGCACUCUGUAGGUUUAGUAUCUGCAAAUAUUGGUCUAGCUUUGUUCUCUUUCAUUUUCGUGUGUCUCACUUUUUGUUGGAAGGAGCCUUCGGUGCGAGAUUAUCUUAGAGUGUUAGCAUAUCUCAUUAUCUUUUUAGUGAGAUUGGUAGCUUUAAUUCUUGCCUUGUUUGGUCAUAAGGCUGUGAUCAGUGACCUUUCCUGCAUUCCGUUUAUGUUUGAGUUGAUUGGAGUUGGAAUCGAGACAUGGCAUGAUCAUUUGAUUGAGAAAAGACUCCAGUUGAUUUGGGGAUUUAUUGGUGCUAUUGUGCUGAUUCUUGGAGAGUCUGCUGGUUCAGUUUACAUGUCCUUGACUCAUCACAAGCCUUUGUGGUUUAUGGUGGUUAAUUGGAUAGUGUCAAUUUUGAGUUUCCUGAUUGUCAUUGUGUUCUAUUAUUUGAGGUCAAAGACUACAGGUGUUACAGGAAACGACAAUCUCAGGGUUUAUGCAUUCUUUCUAGUGUUUGUGGCCAGAUCUGGAAUGCUGUUUUAUGCUUGCGCAACCACAUUGCAAAAGAAGACAGUGAAGAACAUCGACUUCACUUGUAUUCCAUUUGUUGUUGAGUUGGGGAGCAUUUGGAAGAGUGAAUUUGGAUCAUCCUCAGAACCACUUGCAAGAGAACUAGCCAUUCGGAAAGAGAUAUUGUGAAUUCAUAGCCGUAAGCACAACUUGCAGUGAGGACUAGCCAUUCCAAAAGAGAUAUUGUGAAUUCAUUGCCAUAAGCACAAUGUUGUCUUAGGUUAAUGUUUCUUUUACACUUGUUCUUGCUAUGUGUUAAGUUGAUGACUAAUGGCAAUGAUAUAACUGUUAUAGUAGCUUUUGCUAAUGAAACUACUUUGUUUAGUAUGUAUUCUAUAUCAUGACAAAUGGUAUGAGUUGUUGAUCCAUACAAUACAAAAAUGUGAGUCUACUUUAUUAUUAUCAUAAC